CAGUGACGUCACGGCGGGGCGGAGCCAGGAGCGUUCAAAACACAGCUUGCCCUCAAUCCUAGAUUUUCUGCUUCCUGCCUUGUUUUGCGCUUAUUUUCGCCUCUGCCUCGCUUAUUUUGAAGCACUUGGCGCUUUAUCGCAGCUAGUUUUAUUUAAUCUUUUUAUAUAAUGCGGCUACUUCCAGUACAUUCACGCGAAAACACGUCGUUUUACCCGGGAUUGUCUCCUCUAACAGCAUCCGACUGUUGUUUGCUUGUUUGCUGCUUUCGGUGAAAAUGGACUAAAAGAAAAACCGUAUAAAUGCACCUGCCGUCGAAGGGAUAUCCUGCAGUUGAAAUCGAAGAGGUGUGUGUGCCCUGGGUGCAGCCUGGCCUGCGCUGGAGAGGCGAUGAAAAACCCAGGAGCUGUGGAGAGCCGUCGGCUGGUCGGCCUGCUGGAGGCUGCUCUGGUCAGGGAGGCUCGCCUGUGGAAGGUACCUGUCUUCAAGAACGGAUGCAUCCAGGGCGCUGACAUCUCUUCAUCUCAACACCAAGAAGUGAUCCUUUGGCUCGGAGAGAUGAACCGGCUGUUUCAUUUCUGUCCAGAGACCUUUGCACUGGGAGUCUGUGUCCUCCACCGACUGCUGUCCACUGUCAAGGCCCAACCAAAAUACCUGAAAUGCAUCGCUUUUACCUCACUGGUCCUGGCUGCCAAAAUCAACGAGGAGGACGAGGUAAUAGGUUCAGUUCAAGACCUGGUUGUGCAGAGCGGAUGCAACUUUUCAACAGCGGAGAUUCUUCGCAUGGAGAGGAUCAUUCUAGACAAGCUGCACUGGGACUUGUACACCGCGACGGCAGUCGACUUCAUUCAUAUAACUCUCCACCAUGACACUUUGAUAUGAAUGGAUAAGAGGAUUUACAGAGAUGCCUCGUCGUCACCUCGCAAUAAGCUCCAACAUCCCAGUGAAACUCUGAGAGGCAGAAUCAGCCAUGUGAUG